UGAGGACGGGGUCUGUGCUCCCGUGUUGACACCAGGCCCCGAGGGACGUUGUUGUUCACCACUGUAAUGAAUGAACAGACCCGCAGUCACGUUUCUUUUUCCUGAAACCGAGCAGCGUUAGUCCUCAGCGGAGAGCGGCAGCAGAAAGUGAACGCAACUCGCGUAGUCAUGUGAUUGACAUCAGCUGAUCAGCAGGCGGAACCAAAGGAGAACAUGGUGGUUCUACUGAGCAAGUUACCCGUGGCGGACAGUGUAAAGCUGUGUCACAGGGUGGUGGAUGGACUGUGUGGGAGGCAGCCUCCUUGCAGGGGGGAUUACAGCGCCACCUGGAGCCUGGAGGAGUGGCUGGAGCUGCUCAGCUCCCUGACGGCCCUGUUCCGCCUGGCAGUGGGUAACAACAGCUCUGAUGAGGAGGUGCUGGCUGGGCUGUCAGGUGUGGGCAGCGGCGGCCAUGCUGACACUGUGCUGAGUGUGCUGAGAGCCAGAGAGGAGGAGAUCCGCCGUGCUCUGCUGGACAGAACCAACUCCAUCUCCACCGCCACGCUGCAGGACUUCGACUGGCAGCUGAAGUUAGCUCUGUCCAGUGAUAAGAUCUCGUCCCUCCACACCCCUCUGCUCAGCCUCAGUCUGGACGUGAGAGAGGAUGGAGCCCUCCGGCCCGUCACCAUGGAGAUGAACCGAGACGAGUUAAACACUCUCAUCAAUUCACUAGAGGCUGCUAAUAAGGUGAUGCUGCAGUUGAAAUGAUGGAAGCUUGUGGACCACUGAUCCCAC